GGAACUGUGGAAAAUGGCGGCGUCCAUAGCGGCCUUGGCGUUGCCUGGCGCUUUCGGGAGGCUGGUGUCUGUAUGUAGCCGCUGCAUCCUGGCAUCCUCCGGACCCGGAGCUGCCUCGCUCCAGUCUGCUUCUCGAAGGUUCAAUUCACAGAGCACUUCAUAUCCACAAGGAUACGUCCCAAAGACCUCCCUGAGUUCACCACCCUGGCAAGAGGUGGUUCUGCCAGACCCAGCUGAAGAGACCAGACACCAUGCAGGUAAGACUUGGCAGGGGCCCGGCAGGGUGGCCCUUGUAGCCCUAGCACUUGGAGACCCAGGCAGGAGGAUUACUGAGGGUUUGAGGCCAGCCUAGACUCCAUCUCAAAAACCAGAACAAAAAGGGAAAUGAAUGGGUAGCACCUAGUGUCCAUUCUCACGAGCCAUGGAGGCAGUCGUUGCCAUGGAGCAAGAUGACCGGUUUCUGAGUGCUCUGAACCACAGCACGGGUGAGCAACAUUUAAGGUGUGCCUUCACUUGGUAAACAGCCCUCCAGCACCUGCCCCAAGGCAGCCGAAUGAUGGGAGUGGGGAGUGGGUCCACCUCCAUCUCCAGAUAUGCCAUGUGUUGGUGCACGCCUGGCAUCCCAACCCUCAUAAUCACAAGUUCGUGUCCAGCCUGGGCUACAUGUCAGGAAAAGCAGCACAGCUGUGUCAGCUGUAGAGUCACUUGUGAGUUUCCCAGAGUUAGAAGUUCCCACCGUUGCAGGCAAUCUUCUGGCAUUUGACAUACAUACUGUUUGAGAUGCUCUUCAAGAUAAAUAGAGUCCUGCCUCGGGGUCUGUGGGUUUGGUGGGAGGAUUUCCCACAGAUAUCAGAAUCCAUGAAUGUCAUACCCUGAUUUUGAACAGCAAAGUGUUUGUGUGCAGCCUGUGCAGGCCUUCCUGUCCUCUGGAGCCC